AUGGCUUCUUUUCCGGAAGAUGGCAGCGAAGGUGGAGGCGGAACUGUCGGGGACAGGACCCGGUCGCUCAAUGUUCCAGGUCAAGGCAGAAAUGACGGAGGCAGGAUGCCUCCGAGCGGAGCAUCCACGCCUCAGCCGCUGUCGUCUUGCGCCCCAACUAGCCAGGCGACUUCGCCGCCCUGCCCGCGGAGUCCCCUCGCGUCUUCGCGCUCCUCGCCUCGCAGCGCUCGCAGUGCUCGCCCGUUCGAAGAGGCUUCGCCGACCUUGACGCCCCGACGUGGAGAGGCUGACGCGUACCAAAGCGGCUUUCUCGCCAGUCCCUCCUCGUCGUUUUCUUCCUCGCGUCCCCUGGCUGUGAGUGCGGAGACCGGGGCCGGGCUCGAGAGGGCAGAGACAGCGCGGGCGAGCGCCGGAGCGGGUUUGGGCGGGGCGCCGCAUGCACGCCCAGAGACGCAGAGGGACCGUCCGGAGACAGGCACCGCAGAGGCGGAAGCUGAGAAAGGCUGCGGCUUCGACGACGCAGCGGUGUAUGUCAUUUAUCCGCCGGAUCUCUUCGCAGCAGGCAUCAUUCCCCGGCCUCGGAGAGCUUCCCGAGAUGCCGCCCAACACCGAGGCAAGCGCCGUGAGGCCGCCGCGUUGCCGGAGGCGCCCGGACGCGCCGAGAACCAGGGACACAGAGACUCUCUGGGGCCUCGCAGCUCACCAGGCGAGGACGUUUUCGACGCCGACGAAGCGAAUGAGGUCCUCGCAGUGUGCAAAUAUCUCCUCGCGGCUGGCCGACUGCCGGACGUGCCAGAGUGGAGACCGCAGCAAGUCUUGCAAGGCCAGCUGCUUCAGCUGGCGGCCAUUGUCCUUCCCACAGAGGCUGUUCUCCAGGCGGGCCCCGUCGCGCUCGAAGAAUGGAUUCGCAAAUUCUCUUCGCUCUCUGCCACCGUCGACCUGGUCUCAGCUGACGCCAGAGGAACGCCCGGCAAGCCAGGCAAGUCGAAGCCUUCCGCGCUCUCUUGCCAGUUCUGGGAGGCACAGGCGUUCCCGAUCGACACUCAGGAGUCCGCGAGCGUCGAGGUCACGCCGUACACCUACGAAGCAGUUGCAUGCGCGGCGCAUGCGCCCGCAGGAGAGAAGAAAGAGGCGCCGCUUGGGCCCCGUUCUUUUUACGGCGAGGCCGCAGAGACGCAGCAUCGGCGGGUCUUUGACGAGGCAGAGACGCAGGCAGCACUCGCGGCGUCGGGUCGCCACGGCGGCCUUGAAGCAGCGAGGGAAGGGACUGGAGCUGAAGAAGGGACGCGAAGAGAUGACGGGGAAGAUUCACGAGAAGGCGCCGUCACGCGGAUCGACACGGCCAUGCUCGGGAAAGCAGGGAUUUCUGAGGAUGUCCUCAGACAAGUUCGCUCCGAGAGAUUCUGUUUCAUCGUCGACAUUCGAAUCCCGAUGACUGUCAAUCCCCAGUAUCUUGGGAAGCUGCUGCUCCUCGAGUUGGCCUUCGCCGUCACGCCGGUCGACUCGUCGCCUCUCUCUCCCAUCGACGCCAUGCGGGAAUCCAUUCAAAUCCCCUUCAGCACUUGGGCUGCCGCACACGGGCUGAGCGCGGCCUCCACGGUGUCUCUCCAGAGCGACUUGGCAGCUCCUACGCUCGACUUGCUGAGUGUCCCGUUCUCGUCCUCCUUGACGGGCGCGCGCUUCGGAGCGUUUUCGGCGAGGGACCUGCGAGGCCCGGGGACGGCAGCGUGGUGGGCGCCUCCACUCGGUGCGGAGGAACAGCCGCUGCGCGACGACGGCCUUGGCGACCGCCUUGGGAGGACGACGGAGAUCCUUGUCCAGUCGCUCUCUUCUCUCGCUAUCGGGGCUUCCGCCGCGCGAACAAAAAUGCAGAGUGCAGUCGUCGAGCACCGCGCGCUCUGCCCGCUGAGCGUCCGUCGGCCUCUUCAGGUCACAACGGCCCUCAUGGAUUCCUUCAUGUACGUCCAGAUCGAGAACACGACGGAAGACGUCCCUCUGACGAUUGAAAAUGUUAUUCUGCGAAGUGUGAAUUCUCACGCCCAGGGAGAACUGCCUGUGACUCUUCAAGCUGGAGAGCAGUACAGCGUCUUGUUGCGUCUCGAUGAUUCCUUCCUGUCUCACCAAGCGCCGCGUUGGGAGUCUUCUCGCGAAGGUGCCGACGGAGGGCGGGGUCAGCGGGCGGGGACUCUGGGAAGAAGAGACAGCCGCUACGGCCCGUCGGGGAAAACGGUGUUGCCGCUCUGUCUCAAAUGGUAA